CCUGGCCGCUCUCAGACUUUUCUCUGGUUUAACAAAAAACACAGAAGAAAAAUGGCGACCCUCAGGAGAGCGGCAUUGUCUACGCGCUCGAUUUUUACGUUACUGUCGCAAAACUGCAAGUAUGUCAUUCCGAGCGCGAGCGCGUUGUCGAAGAACUAUUCGACCGCUGCGGAGAAUGUGGAAAAUUACGAUGUGAUCAUAGCCGGAGGUGGAAUGGUCGGCACGACGUUGGCGUGCGCUAUAGCAAAUAACCGAAUACUGGAAGGUAAAAGGAUCUUGCUCCUGGAGGGUAGUGCUAAACAAGAAUACGUGCCACAGGAACAAUAUUCUAAUCGAGUUGUUGCCCUGAAUCAGCAAACUCGCACCUUGUUGUCUAGCAUAGGAGCAUGGAAACACAUAGAAGCAGUGCGCUAUUGUCCCAUAAAGAAACUGCAGGUAUGGGACGCUUGUUCGGAUGCCAUGAUAACAUUCAAUGAGGAUUAUUUGUGUGAAGAAUUGGCAUACGUGGUUGAGAAUAAUCUGCUGUUACAUGCGGUCAACAAGCAGCUCUCUCAGAAAGAAAGUGUAACUGUGAUUUACGAAUCCAAAAUCACCGAUAUAAAACCACCCCCGGUGUCGGAGUCAAUGGAACUUGUCAGUGUUCAGCUGCAAUCUGGGAAAUGUUACAGGACUAGGUUGCUGGUUGGCGCCGACGGUGCCAAUUCACUGGUGCGAAAGGCAAUGGGUGUGACCUACCUAAAAUGGCAAUACGAUCAAUUGGGUAUCGUCGCGACUCUCAAAUUGUCCGAGCCAACGGAAAAUGUCGUCGCCUGGCAGAGAUUCCUCCCAACCGGACCUAUUGCAUUACUUCCGUUGACGGAUUCCCUCAGCUCGCUUGUGUGGUCCGUCUCGAGCGAGAAGGCGAAGGAACUGCUGAAAUUGUCGGAAGAGGAGUUCGUUGACAAGAUAAACGAGGCGUUGUGGCAGGUUUAUUCAAAAAACGGCAUUGUCGAGAGCGGCAUGCAGGCGCUUCGCCAGUUGCUCGCGGGACUGUCUCUGCAAACCGGAUUAUCCAGACAAUUGCAGCCUUCUGUGGCGACAAUCGUUGAAAACUCACGCGCGGCGUUCCCUCUGGGCUUCGGCCACGCCGCAUCUUACGUCCAGCCGAGCAUGGUAUUGGUCGGAGAUGCGGCGCAUCGAGUUCAUCCCUUGGCCGGUCAGGGUGUGAAUCUAGGAUUCGGCGAUGUCGCAGCGUUGACGCAAAUUCUUGCCGAGGCUGCGUCGAACGGUUGUCUGCUGAACAAUACGGAGUACUUGCGCAAGUAUCAGACACAGAGACAGCGUCACAAUGUGCCGACAAUGCUUGUCAUCGACGCGCUUCAUCGUCUUUACAAGGGCACGGCGGCUCCCGUUGUUUUAGCCAGAAGUCUGGGUCUGCAAUUGACAAACGCUGUUCCACAAAUUAAGAAAAUGUUGAUAGAACAAGCCGCGGGAGAAACAAUCCUCAAAUAUUAAUUCGACGAGUUAACAAUUGCAACGUCUGUGUGGCAUGUCAUUAUAUCGUGACUAAGACUCACAUUUCGUGUAAUAAUUUAUAUACAAUUUUCCAUCAACGAAGUGAACAUCGCACCACGUCGUUGCAUUCAUCAAAACGUAUUCCGAUAAUAAUAAUUUCCACUCUGGUGAAGACUUAAAUCAAUAUAAUAAAAUAUCGAAACGUCUAGAAUAAUUAAUUUGUUGAACAAUUACUGUACAACAUCAUGCGAUCGGUUCGAAAUUGUUCUAUUCUUAGUUUUUAAUUUGAAAUAAUUUCCGUUGCGAGCCAGAGGACGCCUCUCUACACAAAUCUAUCUUAAUAAUUUAUAUACGUAAUGUAUAAAAUACAAGUGAUACACCUCAAAAUAUGUAUUUUCUAUAUUUGUGUG